AGCGCGGGGAGAUGCUGACAGAGUCUGAUAGAUGAGCAUUGAACACUAUGGCGUAAGCACGCCCAGCCUUCGCAGUCUCUGUGUCCGUCCUGCACUAUGACUGUCGCUGUGUGCUCCUGGCUUGAGCAGUGAACUGGGCGAAGUGUGAUGGCGUGGAGGGUCUUGCCUGUGCCCUGCUGCUUCCUGGCCCUCCUGCUCAUUCUCGGAGAUUUAGGCCAGUCCUCAGAGCUGAGCUUCACCAUGGAACCGAGCGACGUUGUGGCGGUGGAGGCUCACCCGCUCAAGCUGCAUUGCCAAGUGGAAGGAAUGGAGCCCAUCAGCAAGUCAUGGAGGAAGAAUGGUGUGCUGCUGACCGACAGCGAGCACAUCUCGCUGCUCGCCAACGGCUCGCUCUACAUCACCAAGUUCCAGAAGCUGCGGGAAGAUGGCUCUUCCGACGAGGGGGAGUACGACUGUACUGCCCAGAACCGCCUGGGCCUGGUGGUCAGCCGGAAGGCGAAGGUGCAAGUCGCAACUCUGUCGCCAUUCCACGUGCAGCCCCAGUCGAUGGUUGUGGAGGAGGGUGGCGUUGCCCGGUUUCAGUGCCAAAUUCACGGCUUACCAGAGCCGUUGAUCAUGUGGCUGAAGAAUCGCAGGCCUCUUGAACCAAGUGAUGACAGGUUUACCUUCCUGCCGACGGGUGUCCUCCAGAUUACACGAGUGGGUGAAGAGGACAGUGGGAUAUACCACUGUGUGGCCGCCAACACCGCCAACACAAGGCAUAGCGAGGAAGCCAGCCUUACUGUGUCAGGAUCCCACUCCAAUGUUUAUAAGGAGCCAGCAAUCCUGGUUGGUCCUGAGAACCUCACACUAACUGUGCACCAGACGGCUGUCCUGGAAUGCGUGGCGACAGGAAACCCUCGGCCAAUCGUCUCCUGGAGCCGUCUAGACGGCAGGCCGAUUGGCGUGGAGGGAAUCCAGGUGCUUGGCACAGGGAACCUGAUGAUCUCCGACCUGUCUGUGCAGCAUUCCGGGGUGUACGUGUGCGCCGCCAACAAACCCGGGACGCGGGUGAGGCGCACAGCACAGGGGAGGCUGGUGGUUCAAGCACCUGCAGAGUUUGUACAGUAUCCGCAGUCCAUUUCGAGGCCCGUGGGGACCACGGCCAUUUUCAAUUGCCUGGCACAAGGGGAGCCAGUACCUCAACUCACCUGGCUGAAAAACGGGGAAAUCUUGGCACCCAGUGGUCACAUCAAACUGAAGAACAACAAUAACACGCUCACGAUAAAUGGGAUCUCCCCGGAGGAUGAAGCAAUCUACCAGUGCAUUGCUGAAAACGAUGCUGGCUCGACACAGGCAAGUGCACGAUUAACGGUCCUCUGGGCAGAGGGGCUUCCUGGACCCCCUCGGGAUGUGAAGACCAUGGCUCUCUCAGCAACAGCCAUUCAAGUGUCCUGGAGCGAGCCCUUGGAGAAUACCAGAGACAUUAUCGGUUACGUCCUACACAUCAGGAAGACUGCAGAUCCGGUGGAGAUGGAGUACCAGGAGGCUGUGAGUAAAAGCACCCUGCAGCAAGUAGUGACUGACCUUGAGUCAUCCACCAGCUACACUUUCUACAUAAAGGCUUAUACCUCGCGAGGAGCCAGCAAACCCUCUGAGCCCGCGGUCAGGAGUACACUGGGUGAAGUACCGGCUGUGCCAGCUCUUUUCAUUAAGGUCCUGAACAGCACGGCCAUUCAGGCAGCCUGGGAAUCCAGCAUCAAGCUCGGUCAGCAUGAAGGGUUCAAACUAUACUACCGUCGGAUUCACGGGGCACACUUCACCGGGCCCGUGCUGCUUCCCCGCAAUGUGACAUCGUACAACAUUACACAGCUGGAUCCAAAGAUUGCCUACGAAGUGAAGCUUCUAGCUUUCAAUCGCCAUGGAGAUGGGAAUUCCACGGUGCGCUUUGUGGCUCUGCGAGAUGCCGCUGAAAGAUCUGUUCUGAACACUCCGUGUGACUGCCUGAAAGAGGAACAGGGUAGCAAGACGUCCACUACUGGCAUUAUCAUUGGAACCCACAUUGGUGUCACCUGCAUCAUCUUCUGUGUUCUGUUCCUUGUUUUUGGAUACCGUGGAAGGCUGCUGAUGUGUAAGAACGUUGAAGAUGGCUUAGCAACCCCUCAGGUUCCGUCUAGGGCCCAGAGAAAUUCCCAAGGACUUGUCCUGAAUGGCGGAGCGGGGAGAGGCAGGGAAGAAUUCACAGCCAGUAGGAAGAUGGCUGAUAUAAAUGAGCUGGAAAGACUGUUUCCCGCAUCACUUCCUAAUGACCACCAGCACAAGGGAAUGACGUCAAAUAUCAUCUCACCCAUCUCGGAAGAGCAGCCCAGUCUGAUCUGCCAGAACUCUGUAUUCCCACUCGACGAGAUUAUUGCGACUCAGGAACAUCACGCUACCUUUGAAACUGUUGUGCAGUGCUCGUUAGACCGCCCCGAAUUAAAUGUGAAGCAGCUGAGCUUGCCAGCCAUGAAGGACAACAGUUCACUAACCACAGAGUGAAACCUCACGAGGCCAAGUCUCAUUGCCUACCUGUAGACUUAUUGCUGAAGACGACGGUAAUAUUUAUCAAUUUCAAAUGUGAUGGCCUCCGUGCUGAAGCUGUCAGUCUCAGGUCAGCUCUUACGCUUCUGUGGUGAAAAUCAGGUCUGUUCGUAUCCUCAAAAACUCAGGCACGUUGUAAUGAAGGUACGUGGGUGCCAUUUGUGUCCGGCCCAUGCGAGGAUACAGGUGCGGCCUGCCCACAUCAUAUUUUUGCCAUUUGCAAACAUUUGUCAAUUCGUUGGCCUGCUGUGCUCCGCAAAAUUAUGCAUUGCUUUGAAGUAAAAUAACCAUCACCUUCAGAUGAGCAAGGACACAGCAGGUCUCCAUUGCAGGGAUUCAGUAGACUUUUCUUAGUGUAUCCAAUCUCAGCCACAAGUUCAUUAGAUACAGCUACAGAUUCUUCAAAAGCAAAAAUGACUGGUGAGGCCUACAUGUAGGCUGCUAAUAAUGACUUGGAGAAACAGCUCAAAGAAAAGUUUGCUGAUUAGAAACUACCUCAACCGCAUUGAAUGUCCUCUAAGGAAGCUGUUCCAAUUGGUAUCUUCCUUUCUGAAAGUAGAAUAGCACUUGAUCAGUACAGAUGCAGUGCUACCUCAAGGCCUCACUCAUCUGCCAUACGUCCCGAGAGAGAAAGAAAAAGCACUUCCAAAUAUAAAGAGAAACAUUCUACCUCAAAUUUUAUAGAACUCCAUUCUGUGUUGUGGGAUUGUUUUCCUUCGUUGUUGUAUGUGAUGAUUUAAGCCAAACGUCCAGUCUGCUUCAAAGGUGAGGCAUGGACGUGUUGGUCAUUGCUUUUUUUUUGUAUGUUACACUGUAUAUAGCCACGUCUUAUGUGUUUGCAUUAUUUUUCACAUUACAAAGGUUUUUAUUCUUGUUGAUUGUAAUGGUCGUCAGAGAAUUGUUCUGUUCAUUGUUCUUUGCUCAAGGACACCACCAAAGACAAGCUUCUGAAGAGAAACGAACAACGCUCUGACUUUCCAUUCAGCACGUAGCUGAGUGGAGCCAGCCCUCGUCCUCGUACACCUCAGUUCGAUCGGAACACAUUCUAAGCAGGAGGACAACAAUGUAGCCAGUGUUGAGUCCGACAUUCCCAGCCCCGACUCCAACCAGACCUCCCAGGAUUUCAAUAACAUUCAAAAGAAUCGGCCAGCCCCGGAGGGGAAGGUUCACUGCUGACAUCACGUACUUCCAUUCAGCCUCUGUGUGACCUCCCUUUGUGUGGUGGAGGGUCGUCGAUGCCGACCGGCCUCGUUUGACGUGGGGUUACAAAGCAGGGUGACUUUCACCGUGCCGGUUGAAGUGGAACCUCGCGCGGGGUGACCAGGCCAGGGGACCUGUGUCAGCAGAGUUCCUCCAGAGCAAAACUACUGCGUAAACCACGGACGGGAAGUCAAAUGUUACAACAAGAAACUCUUCCCUAAGGCAAGCCUGGUUUAGGCCAGCUGACCUCUCCCACUGACCUCUCUGGAUGAACAGCAGUGUUUUAAUGCAAAUUAUCAUCGGUGUUUUGUACAUUUGCAAUUUAAUCAUUCUUCAGCGUUUCUGGAUGAUUUUGAUGCCUGUGUAUCUAUGCUCUGUCUUAGUAACUGUGAUAUGUGUGGUGUGUGUGGGUCUUUGUGGUGCCCAUGCCACUGUGAUGACACUGUUUUGUGCAGCUAUUUGCUAGUGUUAAGUGGAAAUGAUUAGUUUCUGUGAAACCUUAUUCCUGCAGUUUUACUAGGUGGCAUGAAGUCAGUUAUCUACCUCAGUAUUAUUAGCCAGAUCCUCCUGUUGAUUUUGUUUCCUGCAACCUCCCAAUACACUGACACAAAUCAACUUCAGAUUUUAAUUUUAGGUCACGAGACCAUAAGACAUAAUGGCAGAGUUAGGCCUUUUGGCCAGCUGAGUCUGUGUCACCGUUCCAUCAUGGCCGAUUUAUUAUCCCCCUCAACCUGAGUUUCCUGCCUGUCUCCAUAACCUUUGUUGCCCUGACUAAUCAAGAACCUAUCAACCUCCACUUUAAAUAUACUCAGUGACAGCUUCCACAGCUGUCUCUGGCACAGAAUUCCACAGAUCCAUCCCCCUCUGGCGAAAGAAAUUCCUCCUCCUCUCUGCUCUAAUUGGACGUCCCUCAAUUCUGAGGAUGUGCCCUCUGGUCCUAGGCUGACCCACUAGAGCAGGGCUUCCCAACCUGUGGUCCAGAGACCCCUCGGUUAAUGGUAGGGGUCUGUGGCAUAAAAGAAGUUUGGGAACCCCUGCAUUCGAGGAAACCAACUACCCCUUCCCCCCCACACACAUAAAGUUGUUAUGAGCCACUUAAUGUAAAAAUUAUGUCUACAAAUGGGGAUUUACACUCUUUAGGAGCACCAAUGUCUAUUUGGAUCUUCCAAGCAUUCCUGUGACUGGGCAAGACUUUUCCUUUUGCAUCUAGAGCCAAGCAUUAAAACAGGCCCUGUGCCCUCCCCAUGGGGAGCUUUGUACUGAAGCUCACAGCUGCUGGAUUAUUGUUCUGCUGAAUGUUGAGAAGUGAGUUGGACCCUGAAAGGCUCUUGCCCUGGUAUCUGUAAUGUAGCAGCAGUCGAGGCUGCCCUGGAGGGAUAAUUAGCUGGGUGGAGAUGUAAUUCUCCGCUUUGUAUGUGUAUCCACCUUCACUUGUUCCGAUUCCAUGGUGUGAAUGGUCCUAAGGCGCCUAUGUAUCAAGGUGCCAGCAUUGAACUUAACAGAGGACCUGUCGUUAAUGAAGGGAGCUCCACAGAAUCACUUCCAUAAUUUCAACCAUGCCCACGGCAGAUACUCUGUGCAAGUGGCCACGGAGAGCACAGCCCGUGCCCCUUAACUGCUGCUGCAUUGCUGUUCCCUGCACGCUCUGCAUCCUCGUUGUCAUUGAGUGAACAGUUGGCAUUGUACUUACCUGCUUUGAUGAUGUCCGCCAGCUGAGGUGGAUUCAUGAGGUACCUGAUUGCUUCUGGGCAAGUGUCAAUCGUGGUCAGAUAGAUCACACAAGGGAGUGGCGAGGACAAUUUCCUGAAAUAAAUUAUCACUAGCGCAAUCCAACUAGCCCAUUUUCUAGGGUACAUUUCCUAUCUGGUGUGUAAUCAGAAGGAAGUUGUCAAAUACUGAUGUUCACCCAAAUUUUCAAGGCUGGCCCUUUUAGUAUUACAUUGGAUAUGCUAUUAAGCUUCUAAUAUUAGAUGGACUGAUCUGGAAGAUUCAUGUUCACUAUUGGUAAGUUGUGAGGAAAUUUUCUCCUCAUGAUUCUCCAUGCUGAUCCUUGAGAAAAUGCUCCACCCAUGUCACUCAACCAAAUUUUUAAAUGAGCGAAGCUUGAGAUCAAAGUUUGGAAAACAAGGGAGAGGAAGGAGGAAGCGAUCACUGGAUAUUUGUGCUCCCGGGGUCUAUACAUGAGUCUGUCACCCAGGUGCACGCCCUGAGAAAUCGGCCCUUACAAAUUCACUGUGAGAUGGGAGCACUGCGCUGCUAGCAAUUUGGCAAGUAUUAUUGCCAAAAAAUGUCACAAACACUAGGUCAAAAAAGACAAAAGAUCAAAGGUGGUUACAGAUAUGACGGGGUGAAGGAAGAGUUGGUUUUGUCCUUACACUGUUAGACACACUGCAUUCUUUGCCCAUACACAUUAGACAGUGUGUGAUGUUCUCUGAUAUUGGGCUGGUAUCUACUCUGUUCACAUUGUGUUACUACACACUGGGGGGGGGGGGGGUAAAGUUAUGGCUAUCUCAGGGAUACUUUCGUUGUUCAGUGCAAAGUGGUUUUGCAAUGACAGGGUAUUUUCAUACUGUUAGUCUGGAAGUAUUUGUUUGCAAGUGUCUGGUGUGCUCUCUUGUUGAUGAAGUAAGGUCUUUCUGUCUGUUUGGUCGUGGACUUGCACCCUCCAUCAGCACACACCAGGAUGUUUAAGGGAUUGGAAAUGUAACCUUAUUACAAGAUUUAAAUGAACAUUCAGUGGCCACUUAAUUAGCUACAUCUGUCUACCUGCUCAUUAAUGUAAAUGUUUAAUUAGUCAGUCGUGGCAGCACCUCAAUGCACAAAUGCAAGCAGACAUGGCCAGGAAGUUUUCAGACCAAAUAUCAGGAUGGGGGGUAAAAAUGUGAUCUAAGUGACUUUGACCAUGGAAUGAUUGUUGGUGUCAGAUGGGGCGGACUGAGUAUCUCAGAAACUGCUGAUCUCCUGGGAUUUUCAUGCACGACAGAGUUUACAGAGCAUGGUGUGAAAAACACAGAACGGCCGGCAGUUCUGUGACUGAAAUUUCCUCGUUAAUGAGAGAGGUCUGGGGAGAAGGGCUAUACUGAUUCAAGCUGACAGGAAGAUGAUGGUAACUCAAAUAACCACAGUGGUGUUCAGAAGAGCACCUCUGAAUGUGCAACACGUCGAAGUAGUACACCACACCGGGUUUCACUCCUGUACCUAAUAAAGUGGCCAUUGAGUGUAUUUAAGAAAACUUCAGCAGAUGGCAUGCAUGAGGCUUGAGAAUUCACAUCUAAGGAUGAACAAAGUUAAUGUUGAAGAGUACUUUGUCACUCAGUGUAGGGUGUGGAUAGUGAAUGGUAUCAUUUACUGUUCAAAAUACUCCCAAUAAAUGUCACUUCCUUUCCAGCCAAAGAUUGGCUGUCUAUUAAAUUGCAACAAGAGCAGAUUGUGCAUUCAAUGUCACUUCGAUACAACUGUUUUCAUAUUCUGAGAGAGCCACUGGAAUUACUCAGCAGUGGUGGAAAUUCAGUGAGUGUGUGAUGCUACCACAACCAGUAACUUGUCAAAUUGUAGUGUUUGCGUUUAUUCAGUAUAAAAGGAAAUAUGUUUUAUAUUUUAGGAUAUUUUUACAUUGAUUCCUGUUUGUUACAGCCACAGCAAGGGUUUGUGCUUAUUUUGAUAAUUGAAAUUUCUGAAGAUUUUUUGAAAAAAUGCACAGCUUUCCUAUGUUACUAUGGUUACUUAUUUUCAGUAUUAUAACUACAUUCGCUGGGGUUUCUGAGCAUAUUUAGAUUUAGAUUUAUUAGUUAAUAUAUUAUAAUUUUUAAAACACAAAUGUCUACAUAUUGUUAGGGUCUGAUAUAUAUAUAAGUUUACCAUGUUGAUAAUACUGUUACAGCUUAGUAAAACGGGUCUUUAUUGGGUUAAUACAGGCCCACACGACACAGUUGCAUUGUCCAGAGAGAAGCUUUGGGAGUAAUUCCUCCGAGUGUAUUUGUUGGUACUUCACUCUUCAUUUACUUGAGAUUUGGUGUGGACAUAUUGGGAUGAAUGGCUUUUUGUGAUAGACAGUCCAUUUCAAUGAUUUCUGUCAUGAAGGUACACAAGCGGUGUUCAUGUUUAACAGGCACCUGGAGAUUGAUUAUUUUACUUGGGUGCUGUAUAACAUUGCAUAUACAAGGUAAACACCAGGGUACAAUGAGGGCAAUUUUUGCCUACACCACCCAGAAGGAACGAGGCAGGAUUGGAAUGUGGAAGAAAGAUAGAAUUGACAGGGUGUAGGAUGGGCAACUCAUUCAAAAUGGCUGGUCGGGCGAAAAUUGCCGCCAACGUUAAAAGAUUAGCUUUAUUGAAACAUCGAAACAUGCGGUGAAUUGCGUCAAAUCAGCGAGGAUUGUGUUGGAGGGCAGCCCGCACGUGUUGCCACUCUUCCGGCACUAACAUAGCAUGUCCACAACUCACGAACCCUACCCUGUAUGUCUUUGGAAUGUAGGAGGAAACUGGAGCACCUAGAAGAUUCCCAUGUGGUCAGAGGGAGACCUUAUAAACCCCUGACAGGCCCCGGUGGGGAUCGAGCCGCAAUCGGGAAGCAGUGGCACUGUCAAGCAUUGUGCUAACUGCUACACUACUAUGCUAUCCUGAUUUUUCUAAGUUAAGUGGAAAUGCUUGUUAAUGUUGAAGAUUCGGUUCCCCAAAUAUAAACAGUAGAUACUCAACAGGCCAGCAAGGAUCUGUAAAACAGAAUUAACUUUCCGGUUGAUAAAAGACUGAUCAAAGAUCAUUGACCUGAGGUAUUAAUUCUCCCUCUAUAGACACUGCCUGACCUGUUAAGUAUUUCCCAGCUCUUUUUUUUUUGUCUUUAUUUCAGAUUUCCAGUGUCUCCAGUGCUUCACAGUUAUUCAAAGUUAUGUAGGUAGUCCUUACAAGGGAAAUGCCAUCAAUGGGAGAAAACAAGCUCCUAAAUUGGUAAUGCAAUGUGUGUAUUUGGUCUCUCUAUCAGUCAGUGGAGACCCUUUCUUUACGAGGAUCAUGGCGUAAGUGCUGUGUCCAAAUCCAGCAGUGGGUUUGUUGAUUCUCUUGUCAACGGAUCUUGAAAUGUCCUGCUGUUGAUUGAUUGGAAGGCAUUACAAACCCUGCAGUUGAAAUGAUGGGGAGGUGUGCAUGGCAGAGGAAAAACUCUUGUUCCCAUCAAGGGAAGUGGGUUCAUGUUAGUUUAUUAAAAGGAGGUGUAUAUAUCGUUGGUAAUGGACUUAAGGUAAAACCAUCUGUUCAAGCACAUCCUCAACAUACUGUUGUUAACUUUCCAGAGAUGUAAGAAGGUGUAGCCAUUCUCACAAAAAUGAUGCUGGCGUAAUGUUCCAUCUGUUUAUAUAUAUAUAUUUGUUUUAUAUAUAUCAUAGAAACAAAGAGAAAAAAACCAUGUAACAAUUGGAAGGAGCUCGGCUGCUGACUUUUGACACUGGACUUUAAACAGUUAUCCGGAGUGAAAUGAAAAUAAAAGGCAUAUGUAGCUUUUAAAUAAAAUUGUCUCCUGCUGUCAAAAUCUCAUCCACAGGCUUUGUGAACAUGAGGUUUCAGCUGCAUAAUGUUAACAUGAAAUCCCGUGUAGGUGUUGGAUCGUGGUGUUGUGGUCAGUCACCACCCCAGUUCAAAGCACUUUUCUCUCAUAUUUACAUUGUUCCUUGUGUGAAUGUUCAUUUUUCCCACUGAUCAUAUGAUUGUCGACUUUGUACAAUAACAGAUCCUGUUUUUGUAGUUCAAAAUGUUUAGUGUGUGAAACUAUAAUUAUGAA